AUGAAAAGGUUGCCAAAUGAAAAUCAGCAGACGGAGAUCACGCCUCUCGCACGUCGGGUUAUCGACCUAAGGAAGGAUCGGCCUGAUAUAUUCCCAGAAAGAACAAAAACACUAAAGCAAUACAUUAUAAGGGCGUGGAUUUCCGUCAAAGACUUUUUCUUGGCAGUGAUUGGCCUUUUUCGAACAGGCAAGGAGUUUGACACGACAGAAGUUGCAUGCUUAAAGCUUAUAAUAGAGGAAGCAAUUGCAGUGAAAGAGGAAAAACUGCGCAGACUAAAAGAGCACCAUGCAGAAGAGAAUGAAACGGGCAGUAGUAGCCAAAGCAUGCCUGCCCACGAUGUGCUCGUGGCAAGCAGAAGCAAUGGGGCCGUGGAAAUGGAGAAUUAUUUCGCCAUAAACGCCUUGAAAGCCACAGCAAAAACAAGAAUCGAUGCACAGUGCCUGGAAAUGAUGGAGUCCUCGGUGGAGUUUGAUCAAAGAAAGGAGGCCACGCAGAAAGAGAUGGGCAUCCGAAUGCCCAAGGCCCAUAACACUAUAAAAAAUGUGUUUCUGGCGCUGUUUGUUAUUGCCCAUGUUCUCUUGGUUUCGCUGUGGAUAUAUUUUGUCUUCUACCACCUCUUAAUGUCAAAGGUAGAUAAAAUCGACUUUGACGCCAUAGAAAAAAAGAACAAACACUACAGCGAAACAAUCAUGCGGUACAAAAGCCUCUACACAAAAGGGGAAGGGCAUAAAGAAGCAGAAGACUAUUAUAAUGCGUACUACGUCAACCCGGGGAAGGGAGGGUUACCAAACCCAUAG